AUGGAAACGGAGGCCGAUCACUUAAGUCUUCCACAAGAACCUGGCUCGCCAGCAAAGACGAAAGAAGUGAUUGAUGAAGUGACUGAUAUUCCAUCUCUCCCACAAGAACCUACCAGUGCAGAGCAGGUAAUGAAUACUCUGACACAAGAACCUGCGUUGGUAGACGAGACUGUGAUUGUAACAGCUUUAACUCCUGCUAUCCCAAAAGCACCGGCAUCUGUUCCCGAAGCUACACCGAGGCCACCAACAAGAGAUCAAUUACUUAGGGAGUCAAUUGAGAAUGACUACAACAGGGUGUUGCAAUGGAAAAAAUGGUGCACAGCCCCUCUGGAAACUUUCAUCGAGACCUUUGAAGCCAUGAAGGAUGAAGAGAAGUUUGCAUUAGAGUGGAUUGGCACGAAGGAUGUCUAUGAAGCACUGCGCCUUGAGACAAUAAGACGAGUGUUAUCUUACAAAAUGACCAAUCGCUCUCUUGGAAAGGAUAAGGCUCCGGCGGUCUGUAUCGAGCUUAACAAACCUCCCUCAGACCCAGCAUUUGUGGAAGAAAUGAAGAUAGUUCGCUAUGCCAUGUUAAUAUCCAAAGUCAAAACCAUCCUGGAGAAAGAACACCAAAAUGAUCCCAACUGUACUGUCAAUGGCUCGAAGGAUGAGCAUGGCCGAGAGAUUGACACGGCCAAAGAGGACGAAAAGAAUGAUGAAGACAAAAGUGAAAAAGCUGACGAAGAUGAAGACGAAAGUGACGAUGAUGAGGAUGCAGAUGAUGAGAAUGAUGAUCACGACGACGAUGAUGAUUCGGGAAAUGAUAACAACAGGGCUGACCCGGACUAUGACAGUGAAUCUCCUCUCUUGGUCGGUCCGGAUUACAAUGAAGUAGUUCCUGAAGGAUCUCCAUCUCAAGAAUCAUCCUCCAACAGUGAUGACAAAAGGGAAGCAUCACAUCAACCUGGAGACGUUUCAAAUGAUCAUCUUGAGGAUCUGUCUCGUGCUAUCGUCCCACAUGUUCAACCCAUGGACGAAACUCCAAUCAAACGAGAAGAAGCAAUUGCACGUGAGGGCAAAUUGGAAGCCUCACCAAUCUUUCUUAGCUCAACAAGUGGUGGCAAAAAGGAUGCACCACUUCAAGAAUAA